UAAAAUGAGUAUUGUGUGAGAUAUAUGACAUUGAAAUAUUGGGACUCGUUUAUAGAGAGGCACGCUGGGCUAUGGACGGAGUUUGGAAGGCGCUAAAUUGCUCUUCAACACAAAUCGUGACGCCGGUUUUCUGGUGACGCCCACAUGAGUUCUUGUCUGGUUGACUAAACGAGUCUUUAGUUAACCCAUGACGAUGUCAAGCAGCCUUUAAUUCAAAGAACGGCCCCGUGGCCACACGAGGUCUUCUGAUAAAAAAUCGUGUUACACCGCCACCGUCUGUGCAGCUACCGCAUGAAAUGUUUACUUUCAACCAUCUUGAAAUUGGUCAAGUCCUCAAGCACAGGUGCUUGGGACUUGAAAAGACAGCACACGGGAGGAGAUUCCCGACGCGACAAUGUAUUUACAGAGCAAUGUUACAACCCAACAAGAUCUCCCCAACUUCAAGAAACAUUAAGGACCACCGGAAGUCAAUAAAAUGUGCUGACAAAAAACAAAUAUCACCACCAUCGAAUCCUCCUCAGUUGACCGAAUUUGGUUUAAUAUGUCAAAAGAUCAGCUACCCACAAAACCAGAUGCACCAAGAAGGCAUUUCGAAACCUAUCCAGGCAUACAAAACAACCAUCAAGAACAAAAUCUUCACUUUCAAUUUACCAAGUAUGACAUAUGAAAGUAUACUUAGAGAUAACAGACGCUAUUUGACACCGUAUGAACAAAUUGAAAUUAAAGAAUACAGAAAAGUCUGGUACGUAGGAAAAAAGGAUAGUAAAAUUCGGGCGCAAACCACUUCUGAGGAGGCCAAGUCAUUUGAUGAUGACCAAGGAUUCUACAAAUCAAGGAUUGGCGAUCACCUGGCUUACCGCUUUGAAAUAUUGAGGGUGAUAGGAUCAGGAUUUGCUGGAAAAGUCCUAAAGUGCAAGGACCACAAGACAACAAUGCUGGUGGCAGUCAAGGUCUUUCGAAACACAACCGAGGGUCAUGGGUUCGCAGAGGCAGAAUUAAAAGUCUUGAAAACCCUGCAAAAGUUAGACAAGAGCAACAAAGCCAAUAUCGUUCACAUGAAGGAAUACUUUUACUUCCGCAGCCAUUUGUGCAUCAUGUUUGACCUUUUUGAAAAGGACCUCUUUAAAGCCUUAAUGCAGAGCAAGAUGCGACGACUCCACGACGGGGACAUUAGAAAAUAUGCCACAGAUGUGCUUAAGUGUCUUCAAAUACUCAAAGGCAUGAAGAUUGUUCAUGGUGACCUGAAACCGGAAAACAUUCUAUUAGACAAGGAAAACAAUGCUGCAGUGAGCGAUUUUGGAGGCUGCAUAUUUUUGAAAGACAAUGAUAGACCAACGAUUUACACUCUACCGUACAUGUCUCCAGAGCUGCUCCUCGGCAAAAUUUCGACGCCAGCAACUGAUAUGUGGAGCCUGGGCUGUAUGUUGGCCGAACUCGACAGAGGCUAUGCUCUCUUUGGUGGCCAUACCAAAGCGGACAUGUUCUACUCGAUCACAAGAGUGCUUGGCCUCCCACCAACGGAAAUGCAGGUUGAAGCGAAUGAAAAAAAGUUCCGCAUUGGUAGCCCAGACAUUGAAUCGACAAAACAGCAAAAAAACACACUGGCCGUGAGGAUAAGAUCAAGCAAUCCAAAGUUUCUGGAGUUCAUUUCAUACUGUUUAGAAUAUGAUACAAAGAAACGCCUAACGCCAGAACAAGCUUUGCGUCAUCCAUGGAUCCUAAACACAGAUGCACCCAAACCAAUGAAGACAACGAUUAAAAUGAGUGUGAAAGCAGCCAAAACCAGCUUGCUAAAGAGAGAUAAAAUUGCACCACCACUGUUACAGCCAUUGGUACCACAGAAAUAGUGACAUUUGACCUCUUGGACACUGGCAUUGUACGUCUAUAUAUGAAAACACAUGCAUGUAUGCAAACAUUUAGUGAAUCGCAACAGCAAAGUUGGCUGAGUCAGUUGUACAGUUGAGAGAGAAAGCAAUGGCAAGCGGCCGAAGCCCCCCCCCCACUACCAG